AUGACCCAUAGCCACUUGAGCACCCGCAGGGGCCCCCCCCUCGCCGCCUCCGCGCACGUCUGCUUCGACCAAGGGGCAGCCCUCCCUGUGAGCCCACCCCAGCGUUUCGAGCUCCCCCGGGCGAGCGAGAGCGUUGCACGUGCUCUCGUCCCACGGGCAGCCGUUGGCGUGGGCCCAGUGGAGGAGGGCGUAGGGGCUGACCCUCCGGGCGAGGCCGGCCGUGCGCGCGAUGCCGGCGCAGGUGCGGGGGCUGCAGGGGCAGUCCUUCGACCUCAUCCACCUAUUCGUUUUAUUAUGACGGCCAGAACGAGCAAAGAAGGAGCGUGGCGAAGAAAGACCUCGUGGGAACAAAAAAAUGCCUCGAAGGAGGCCUACAACGCCGAAGCAGCGAUUGGAGCCCAAUUAUUGACAAA